AUGUCCGGCCUUUGGGAUAGUCGCCCUUCAUCUGUGGGGGACCGAAUCCCAACAACUUUUGAAUCCGAACAUUUAGGACAUGACAGAAUACACGGAGAUGAUCCAAUACCUGGAGAAUCAGGAACUGUAGCCAUGACAGGCGAUAAUGAUGAUGUCGAUAUUGAGAUCACGGCAUCUCAAAAGAUGAUCUCGGCAAUGUCUGGAAGUCUAUUAACAUCAUUAUUGGUUACGCCAUUAGAUGUUGUUAGGGUCCGUCUACAGUCACAACCUUCCCAAUCUCCUUUGUCAGCGAUUCGAAAAGCUGCUCUGGCCUCCCCUCAAACUUUCGGUACAUUACCACCAAAUCUAGGAAUAACAGCAUGUUGUCGAGAAGUUUUCUUUACCAGCGGCACAACGAGCGAUGGUUGUAUGGCUGCGCCUAGAAUAAGCGCAAUGGAGGGUGUUGGAUGUGCCGUUGAAGAGACACAAAAAAAAACCUAUAAUUCAACUUUCGAUGGGAUGAGAAAGAUUGCGCGGAAUGAAGGAGUCACGACUUUAUGGCGAGGAUUGUCACCUACUUUGGUCAUGACAGUUCCUUCGAACAUAAUUUACUUUACGGGAUACGACUGGUUAAGAUUCAACAACCAAAGUCCUAUAAAUCGCAUUUUCAAUGACAAUUACGCCCCUCUUGCUGCUGGCGCUUCCGCCAGGACUAUAGCCGCUGCAGUUGUCAGCCCGAUCGAAAUGUUUAGAACGAGAAUGCAAGCUAGUCAGGCAACUGGAGGAACGCAUUUUUCGGAAACUGUGAAGAGUGUCGGCGAAAUGGUUUCACUUCACGGCUAUACGUCUUUGUGGCGAGGAUUAACUUUAACACUUUGGAGGGAUGUUCCAUUUUCUGGAAUUUACUGGUGGGGUUAUGAAUCCAUAAGAGGGGCUUUGACAGAUGCGCGAGAGCGGGGUCGUGGGAGAACAUAUGAUCGGAAUACUUCUCGAGGUCAAAUACGUACCAGAUCACAAAGUCGAGAAAAUCACUCAGCGACAUUCCUAGAUAGUUUUAUUGCUGGGGCGUCAUCUGGAGCAGUUGCUUCUAUUCUGACUAUGCCUUUCGAUGUUGGAAAAACACGUCAACAAAUCUUCCAGGAACCAGGGAAAACACCCGCUGGAGUUGAAAAGAUUUUAGCACCUGAAGAACAAUCCAUGCCAAGGUUUCUUAUGCACAUCUUCAAAGAAGAAGGUCUCGGAGGUUUAUGGAAAGGAUGGGUCGCCAGGACUCUAAAGGUCGCUCCAGCAUGUGCAAUUAUGAUCAGUUGUUAUGAAGUAGGGAAGAGAGCAUUCAGGAGUGUGAAUGAGAAAGCGGAAUUAAAGCGAGGAACCGAGUGA